UGAGAAUAUGAGUAUGGAGGGAGAUAUCCAUGAGAAGAUACUCCAUAAAUAUACUCCGUAUUUGUCCGUUGGUUACUACGAAUUUGAUCGGAAGUCGGAACCUGUGUCCAACCUUCGGCAAACGAGAAGUCAGAAUACGAAACGAUUGUUUUCUAGGAACGAGGAGGCCGUGCGAGUUGACCCGACCGAGUUUCAUAAAGAUUCAAUUUCUUCCGAGGAUCGAGGAGUCGAGUUUAUCCAACUACUUGAACGAAAAUUUUAUUAUAUAUUUCUUACUUCAGGGCUUAAGCCAUUUAGUUACACCAGGCUUCUAGUCGAGAUUAUAGGGGGACUUCUCAUUUCUCAGGGUCCCUAAUAGGUAAGGGCUGGGCCUGCUAAGAAUCACUCAAGCUCUUGUGGUCAACAAUGAACUACGUCCAACAAGAAAGAAAGCACAUAUUCGUUCAAAGAAACGCAACAAAGUUCUAGUGCAGAAAUGGAUGACAAAUGCUUUGAAAGUUUUGAUUCUUUCUGGAAUGCAUUCAUGAGCAUCGAUUCCAUCACAACUCUGAAUGAAACUCUUGGUCCUCUAAGUGUGACUAAGUUUGAUUCUAAUGGUUUUGAUGCAAAAGCUCUCAUUGAUGGUAUCAUACGUAAUGCUGCUGCUGCUAAAAGAUCAAAGGCUCAGUUUUGUGAAGAUUUAGUUUAUAUGAUUGUGAUUGGUUUGACUAAUGGAAACAUUAGAGCUACAGAAGGAAGAAUUAAGGAACUUUCAGCAAGGUAUAAGAUUCGCAUCAGAGCUGCAAAUGCAUAUUCUAGGAUUGAUGGUCGUGGGUUAACUUUUGCAAGAACAAUUUCAUUAUUUCCUAAUCUUGCUAGCAUGUUGCUACACAAGUCACCUGGCAUAACCAGGAAAGUGAAUCAAUCUUCUCUGAACGUGCAAGAACUCCCUUCUGCUAUGCAACAUUUUGCAUUUGCUUCUUUGAUUCCCAAGUGUGUUCACAAGACAAUCUCAACUGUUUUCAUGUUUGCCACUAUCGCUUACAUGAUUGAUUUUUCAAAGACCAUAACGCCUAGCCUUGUGACUAAAACAGCUAAGGAGCUAUAUCAAGUGCAAGAUAAAUAUUUUAAUAUCGCCUAUGCCAAGUCUCGCUAUGCUGAAACAGCUAAGAUUGGGUACUUAAUGUCAUAUGGGCUUCAUCUUCCUGAGAAUUUUACAAAGGUGAUCAAUGUUGCAAGUAGGCUGCAAUUUGAAGUGUUUGGUUCUGUGAUGGAUGCAGAGGGAAUCAAGAAGGAGGUUAUGAAGAAUAAUGUUUUGCAUUUGGCUGAUGAGGCUGCUCAGAACGCAACUGCUGCUACAGGGAUAGUCCCCAUUUCUUUCUAAAAUGACGUGCUUGGCGAGGUAAAAGCAGUGCACACCCAAGCAUCAGUGGACAACACUUGGCGUGUAGUUGCUGACCAUUUCAUGCCUUUACUUGGUUGGAAAUGUUUCUAUCCUUCUGUUCUGAGCUUUUACAUUCACCGAUUAAUAAAAAGUGUGGGCUUUUGAUGCUUUUGGCAGCUUGUCUCAUCUUAAUUGUUUUUGUAGUCUUCAACUUUCAAGCAAAUCAAAGUCCAGUUAUUCAAGGUUUUACUGUUA